UGACAACAAAUAUGGCGGAGAGGAGCAGGACGGCAGAGACGGGUAGUGCCAUAGGAAGUGAUGAUAUCAUAGCAGGGAAUGUGAGCAAGUACACUGUUCUCCCAGCUGGUUAUUGUGGACAGCCUAAAAAAGGACAUCUUAUAUUCGAUGCGUGUUUUGAAAGUGGCAACCUUGGACGGGUGGACCACAUCACAGAGUUUGAGUAUGACCUGUUCAUUAGACCAGAUACCUGUAACCCACGCUUUCGAGUUUGGUUCAACUUCACUGUUGAAAAUGUAAAAGAAUCACAGAGAGUAAUUUUCAAUGUUGUCAACUUCAGUAAAACAAAAAGCCUCUAUAGAGAUGGGAUGGCUCCAAUGGUGAAAUCCACAAGCAGACCAAAAUGGCAAAGAAUACCCUCUAAAAAUGUAUAUUACUAUCGCUGCCCAGACCACAGGAAGAACUAUGUCAUGUCAUUUGCUUUUUGCUUCGACCGAGAGGAUGACACUUAUCAAUUUGCUUACUGCUACCCCUACACCUAUACUCGCCUUCAGCACUAUCUUGACAACCUACAAAGGAGGAACAUGGACUACUUUUGCAGAGAAUUGCUAGGACUCAGUGUGCAGAAACGGCAGCUUGACCUCCUGACGAUAACCAGCCCUGCGAACCUGCGUCCAGGGGCUGAACAGAAAGUGGUGUUCAUCACUGCACGAGUCCACCCUGGGGAAACACCAUCUUCCUUUGUGUGCCAAGGUAUAAUUGAUUUCCUUGUGAGCCAGCAUCCUAUUGCAAAAGUACUGAGAGACCACCUGGUCUUCAAGAUUGCACCCAUGCUCAAUCCUGAUGGAGUAUACCUAGGAAAUUACAGGUGCUCCCUGAUGGGGUUUGAUUUAAACCGGCACUGGGCAAAUCCAUCUCCUUGGGCUCAUCCCACACUGCACGGAGUGAAACAGCUCAUCAUUGAGAUGUACAACAAUCCGAAGAUUAACCUGGAGUUCUAUAUUGACAUCCAUGCCCACUCUACCAUGAUGAAUGGCUUCAUGUAUGGGAACAUCUUUGAAGAUGAGGAAAGAUUUCAGCGACAGGCUGUUUUUCCCAAGCUACUCUGUCAGAAUGCCGAAGACUUCUCUUAUUCCAGUACAUCAUUCAACAGAGAUGCUGUGAAAGCAGGAACAGGCCGGCGUUUUCUUGGUGGGCUGUUAAAUGAUACAUCCUACUGCUACACUCUGGAAGUCUCAUUCUACAGCUACAUAUUGGGUGGACCUAAUUCUGCUGUCCCCUACACAGAAGAAGCAUAUAUGAAGCUUGGAAGAAAUGUGGCCAGGACAUUCUUGGAUUACUACAGGCUGAACUCCUCAGUGGAGAGACCACUAGCACCCACUCCUAAAACUCGGAAGGAGAAACUGCCGCUUUUUAAAUGCACUACCCAGCGGGGCCAAGGGAACAGCCAUGCUGGCGGCAAGCCAGAGAAGAGGAGCCAGGCGCAUCUGAAGGACCAGUCUCUCUCCACGCGAUGAGAGGAGAAGAGAGGAGGGCAGGUCUGCGGGGCAAGGCGGAGGAGCACGUCGGGGUCUGGAACUGAUGAUGUUUCUCUUUUUUUCCUAGACAAGUAUUUCUAAGAUAACAAAUAGUCCAAAGGGGGAAAGAGGGAGAGGGAAAUUAGCUAGAAAUUUUACUAUUGAUUCUUUUUUAUUUAUAGAUGGUAAAUCAAUUUCAGAGCUCUUUUUUUUUUUUUUUUUUUCCUUCUUCCCCCUUCAUCUCUGGGAAAAAAAGAGUGACCCGAUAGAUUUACAGAAAUCAUUUGUGGUGGCUGAAAAGCUAUUUGUUAAAAUGAGAAAGCCUCCCCUUCCUCCACCAGCCUUGCUCUCUCUCUUUAAAGGGGUAAUCCAUAUGAUGAGCUAACGAGGGAGUCCUGGCUCCCCUGCUGCACCAUGUGAUGUCUCCCCUUUUAGUGUCAGGCUCAGAAGCUCUUAUGCCAAUUGCAUGUGCUAGCCCUGUUAGCUUGCAUUAAGAGAGCCUGAUAAAUAGCUUCUGGGAGUCAGGCAGGUGCUCCUCAGUGUGCCGUUUAUCAUCUGCUGCAUGGUUAGGUUUUUUGCUCUUCUAUCCUAUCAUGUGAGGAAAGGGGUCAUAUAAGAAAUGCUGCUGUCAGGCUGCAGGCAUGAAACUCACUGCAAGACCUGUCUUAACAGGUAGGAGCCAUGGUCCUCCAGCAAAAACUGGCUGGGGUCUAGAAAGACUGGACUUCCCAACAGAUGUACGACUGAGGCAGUGUGAGCUAGGGGUAGUGCUGAAAGGGAUGAACAAACCAUGUUGUGCCAUUACUGUAAGAAAUCCCAAGCAAAACCUCACCACCUUCCCAUUACAUGGACAGCAUGUAAAAUCUCAGCUCAAAGCCACCGUCACUAGGCAGUCUUGUCUCCUGUGUUGUGUGACUUAUUGAAAUAUCUGCCAGUGAUGUGGAUUUGAAGCACGAGGCCUGUGGUUCUCAAACUGGAGAGUAAAAGAGGGUGACCCUGAGGGGAGUCCGAGUGUCUCCCAGGGGAUGCAAAGGGAGAGUGCACUUAGAAGUGCCUCUUUGCAACCCAUCGGAAGCCUGGGGAAGCAGCCUUUCUUCACUGUCUUCUGCUAGGAGUUGGGCUGCAGUGGUGGCUUGGAGGAGAGAAGGUGCCAAGACCCAGUAGAUAGAGAGGGAAAGGAUGAACCGGACUGAGGGUGAAGAAAGAGAUGUGAAACAAGACUGGAUGAGCUCCUCUUGGUGUGGGGUGGCCUUGUAGAAGUAGUAGCCCCAGAUGCCCUGUUCUCUAGUAAAAGACCUGGGUUGGUUGCUCCUCUCCUCUUUCCCAGGACUUGAGAACCACGAUCUAGGAACAGAGUCAGACUCAGCUGGGUCCUUGCGCUGGCCUGUGUGUGAGAAGAAUGCAUCCUGGGGGUAAAUGAAAAGGUAUGAGAAAAACUGAGAAUUAUAGGCUAAAAUAGACCUUCCAACUAACUUCAAUUUACUGUCCCUUGUGAAAGUACUCCCUGAUUCUUCAGCAACGGAGACCUGGCUGCUGCAAGGCCUGAGCGUGACCAACACUGAACCAAGGUGUGAUCCCAGGAAGAACUGGAAGCAGCUUGGGUUGCAUUCAUGCAGCCAGGAAGCUAGCAGGCCUGCAUAGGUGCUCAUCUGUUUUUGAAUACAGUUCCCAUAUCUAUAUCUCAAUGGAUAGAAAGGAGUUCUGUGUAAGGUCCUUGAGGUCCUUUCCAUACAAGUAAACACAAAGCGUGCAGGGUCAAGGCUGAGGUCUGUGUUCUGUGUCUCAGGACCUCACACGCACUUCUGGAGUCCCAUCACAACUGACCUCCUGGGAGCCACUGGCACAUGAUUUCCAUCCAGUUAGCAGUACUUCAGCCAGAAAGAGUGAGCAGGUACAAGUCAGGACAAAAAUUUGGCUUUGCACGCCUCUGAAAAAGGAGAAGCUACUCAGGAUGUGACAAAACUUGAGCUGAUUGUGUCUGUGCUCUAGCCACCCGUUAGCUGGGCUUUCAUUAGUUAGUUUCUCUCUGAUAAGGGGAACUUGGUUGAAAACAAGAAAGAGAUAUCCCACUGGAGGGACAAUUAUUUAAAACACCAAGCAAACCUGAUAUUUCAAGGUGAGAGAGUUAAACGGUGCACGUUUUGGGGGAGAAUAAAAUGCCUUCCUAUGAUGAAUUCCAAGGCAUCCAAAAGGCACAGUGCUGGCUCUCUGUCUCCAAAAGCAGAGUAAUGAAUAGCAGUGACAGUGUGAUAAUUAAAAUGACCUCUUGGAGAUAUGGAUUAGAAGGUACGCAGAGGGGGGAUAAGUUCUCCUUUGAAUUAAUCUAGUGCUAAUUUAUGACUAUCGUUGGGUUUUAUAGGGUUUUAGUGGAAGACUUUCAAAGUUGGUUUACUGGGGUGAUAUUGUUCCUUCUGCAUAUUCAUUGGAAACACUUGCAGAAUUCCUCAUUAUUUCUUUUUGAAUGAUUCUCUAUAUACAUAUAUAUAUAUAUAUAAUGAGAGAGUUUCAGGUAUUUGCUUAGCCGCUAAAGAGUCUACUCUAGAAAUAGGAAUAAAGUGAUAAAAGCA